AUGGAGAAUUGCCAUUUUCUUGUUGUAACAUUUCCUGCGCAAGGCCAUAUCAAUCGCACCCUCCAAUUUGCAAAACGCCUGGCAAAAUUGGGUGUUAAGACAACAUUUUCAACCAGUCUUGGAGCAAUCAAGCGCAUGAAUAAUACCUCAGAUUCCUUACCAGAAAAAUUAAGUAUUGUUCCUUUCUCUGAUGGUUAUGACCAUGGCUGGACGGGUAACGAUGAUUUUAUAGAAUAUAUGACGUCUCAAAAAAGUCAUGGCUCUCAAACCCUGAAAGAACUCAUCGCGGCUCAGAGCAAUAAGGGACAAGCAAUCACUCAUGUGGUCUACACCACACUCUUAUCCUGGGUAGGUCAACUUUCUCAUCAGCUUCAGAUUCCAUCAACUCUUCUUUGGAUUCAGGCAGCAGCCCUUUUUGAUAUCUACUAUUGUUUCUCCAAUGGCUGUGGAGAAACUAUUAGAGAUAGUGCUAGCAGUAAAACAAUUCAUUUACCUGGAUUGCCAACUCUAGCUAGCAGAGAUCUCCCUUCAUUUUUGCUGGCUUCAAAUCCUGGCAUUUACAGUUUUGCUUUGCCCACGAUCUACAAACAUUUUGAGAUACUGGAAAAAGAAGAAACACCAAAAGUUCUUGUAAAUAAGUUCGAUGCUUUGGAACCUGAGACUCUUAAGGCUGUUGAGAAGUUGAAGCUGAUGGCUGUUGGACCUCUGAAUUUGAAUCCAGGUAAAGUGAUCUCAAAGAAGUAA